AGAAAGAUAACACGCGACCUCCUGCCAGCCAGGGGGUUCACGUCGCGAUGACGUGGCGGGGAAGAUGAGCGCCGAGGUAACGAAGGAGGUCGUCGCCACCGAGAGGGUAGCAGCGAGCCCUCCGGCGGCGGUCGCGACCUCGCCGAGCUCGGUGGGUCCAGGUGAUCCGGCGCGUCACCUGCCGCCUUUCAGCAGCUUCGCCGGGGACAACGCGAUGGACAGUUCGACAACACUGACAACACUUCACUCUCAGGACGUUGGACUUGGUCUGACCACCACAUGGGACUAUUACGAAGGACUGACGGGUCGUUUGAUCGACUCGAGGGGCGAGGUGGUGUUAGCCAGUCAGUACAGGCCAUGGGAAUCGAAGAAUGCGGCCGCAGCUGGCGGUGGACCGAACGCUGCACCAACAGCCGAAGGUUUACCUAGCUUCGCGAGCCAAUUCACAGCACCGAGCGAAGCUGAGCCUCAAUUGACCGCGCUCACACCAUUAUCGCCCGCUUCGAUAUCGCACUCUCCACCUGUCACGUCAGCGGUCGGCCUUCCAAGUUUCCACACGCUCGGCACACCUUUACCGGCGCCUCAUCCGCACAGAGGAAGCGUCGGUUAUCCGUUGGUGCCGGCGCCAGUCCAAGCAAGAGAGGUACCUGCUCUUCAGCAACAGUUACUAGACGAGAGGCAUAUUCAGUUACUUGGUUCAAGCCCAGUUCAAGCGUUUCCACCACCGCCACCGGGUCAUCCUCAUCAUACGGUGUUGACAGUGGUGAAGCCGGAUUAUCCGCAAUUGCACCACGCCAACUUUCAGAACCCGAUGUCCACGGUGUUGGACCCGUCGCCUACCUCCAGGCCGAUCGGCAUCGAUGGUAGGAAAAAGGAACGUAGAAAAAUUCGCGCUGGUUCGAUGGAAUCAGAGGACAGUGCCGGAGCUGGUAACGUGGAGAAUUCUGGACAAGUAGCGGCGGUCUCGUCGACCGCGAACAGGGGACCUCAUCAUAUGGGAGGCGGUAUGGUUGACGCGGACGGAGACGGCGGGCUUAGCGAUAAGCCCGCGAAGAAGAAGCGCAAAAGGUGCGGCGAGUGCAUCGGGUGUCAGCGUAAGGACAACUGCGGCGACUGCGCCCCGUGCAGGAACGACAAGAGUCAUCAGAUCUGUAAGAUGAGGCGGUGCGAGAAGCUCACGGAGAAAAAGCACCUGUACCAUCUGCAAACGGGCGAGAGCGCGUUCAGAGAGAGGGGAAGGGGACGAGGCAAAGGUGCAACCAGGAGUUAUCGAAAGAUCGCCCGUCAAGUGAGCACACCUGACAGCGCACCUGCAGGCUUAGGCAGUCCACAGGCUGGCAUAGGCGGGCUGCAGCAACACCAGCAACAACAGCAACAACAAACGCAACAAACGCUUCAUCAACCGGAUCCCAUGCAGCAGUCCAAGGACAAUCUGAAUCCCGCGGCGAACCAGCAAACCGGGGCACUUAGAAACGGAAAUCCUCCGCCUCCUGUCGUUUCUAUGUCACCGGGUGUGAUGCCGUUCUACGGCGAUUCUGGCGCCGGUUUCCGGCCAGCAGCUGGCUUCGGGAAUACUGUUUGGCACCAGGGAGUUGCUCCUGUGGGAGCAGUCGCGGUUGAAACGUCAGCAGCACCAUGGCCACCUCAGCAGUUCAUUCAACAAAUUCCUGCUCCGAAUCAGCUCGAGGAGCUGAGGUAUCAUACCCAAUACACCGCAGCAGCGCCGUACCAUCCACAGCCAGUCGCAUAUCAGCAGCAGACUUUCAUUACCACGGAUCAGUCGGCGUUUCAACGAGCCGGGGCGACAGGACAAUACACAAUCACGGGGCAACCCUCGCCCUUGCCACCGGUCGCCCCACAAACGGUACCAUCGACAGCUCAGAGGCCACUAAACGGUCAAUUCAUGGAUCCCGCUGCUACUGCAACCCAAUCAGUUGGUUAUGAAAGGCAGGAUUACGUCAAUGGUUACCAACAGCAGGACGUGACGAUGGCCCCGCCGCCUUCAACUACCCCGACGAGCCGUAGCAGCUCGGUGCACAUGGACACGCAGCAGCAGCAACAAGCCUCGCAGCAGCAGCCGUCGCAGCAGCCGCAGCCAGCGCAGACCGACACCCAGGUGAAAGGAUUCGCGACGAUCGCAGCCAGCAACGUGUCGGGAAACGAGAUGCCUGGGUAUCCACUUCAACCGGGCCCACAGAGUUUACACAACUCUAACGGAUAUCCAGGCUACGUGGAAAUGGGUCAGCAACAAGUGCAGAACCAAUGGCAGCAGCAGCAGGUGGCUACUCAACAACAGUCGCACCAGCAACAGCAGCAUAUGCAACGCCAACACUCGGUGCAGUCUGACGGUGGUCAACGACACCUGUGGUCUGACACUAGUACCAAUACAAAGAUGAACAACAGUAUGAACUGGUCAGACGGUACGUUACAGCAACAACAACAACACCAACAACAACAUAUGCAGAUGCAGGGACAGCAAGAGCUACCCAGGCCAGCCAGUCACAUGAGUUGGGAGAACGGUAGCGUGAAGGAAACUCCGCAAACUCCUCAAUCAUGGACAGACAAUACUGACAACAGUCAACAGCAGCAACAACAACAACAGCAGCAGCAGCAACAACAAACUCAGGGAAACUGGUCUAGGCAGAGCCCGAAGCUGAGGGACGCGCAGAAUCCAAGAUUGACACCGUCUAGUCAGCAGCAACAGCAACAACAGGCCCAGCAUCAGGCCUGGUUGCAGCACUCGCCCAAGUUGUCCGACCAUCAGCAACAGAAUCCGUCGCACAGGAUGACGCCGUCUGGCCAGCACAAUUGGCAACAGAGUAGCCCAGAGAUGCAGCAGAACUCGAGCCAACAGAACCCAAGGCUGACACCGUCUGGCCAACAGAUGCAGCAGCAACAGUCGCAACAACAACAGCAGCAGCAGCAGCAGCAGCAGCAGCAACAAUGGUCGCAACAGACGAAGCUUGAAAAGAGUCCAAGGCUAACGCCUUCCAACCAGAUGUCCUGGCCGGAUACGCCAACUAGUCAACCGAAUUGGUCGCCGAACAGUAUAAAGAGCGACAGUAGUCAGCAACCGCAACAACAAUGGCCAGACUCGCAGCCUAGUCCGAGGAGAACGCCUGGCCAUCAGCCAGGCGCGUGGCAACCUCAGCCACCCACGCAGGAGAAUAAAAUGGAGAGCCAAAUGUCUUGGUCGCCGAACUCGGUGGCCGAGAAUCAGCCUACAUGGGGCCAACAGGCGACGAAACAGGACAUGCAGAACGCUCAGGAGAGUAACGUAUUUGCUCAAUCUAACCGCGUGAACCUGAACAGUCGACUGAAGUCGAUGAUCCUGAACAAACAGCAACAGCAGCAGCAGCAGCAACAGCAGCAGCAACAAAUGCACAACAGCGGAGCUAACGGGGAGUAUCACACCGAGGAUCGGAUACGAGAAGCACAUGAGAAUUCGGAAAAACUGCAAGAGAAACAGGCGGACCAGUAUUUGAACCAGUCGAACAUCAUCUCGAUGGCGCAAUCCAACGAAUCCUUGACCGGUAAUUUUUUAUUGCAUAGCCACCACCCUCGGGUCGAUAGUUUGCCCGAUGGUGGUGGCUUAUGGGAAUGGUCAGGGGGAGGUAAUGGUACAUUGAACAACGGUAGCGCGCUAUCAGAGAACGGUAUGACCGUCAUCGAGAGUUUCAUCAAGUUUGGUUCGGAGGACAAGACUAUAUUAGAGAAGCCCUGUGAGAAGCAGCAACAAUCGCAACAACAGUCUCAGUAUCAUCAACAACAGAACGAACACCAGUUAUGGAAGGAAGAGAGCCAGCCAGACAAUCAGAACAUGGACGACAAAUCCUUUCAGAGGAGAUUAUGCAUAGAACAGAGCGACGAGAGAAGAACGUUCCAACAGUGUCGCAGCAGCACGGACAACGAGAAGAGCGAAUCGGAGAACGGCGUUACCUAUCCAGAGGGACCGCAGGUCACACUGGUGGAGAACGAGGCACCAAGUUAUCCAGAGAGCAGCGAGAAACCAACAACAGAGCCUGUGAACAGCUCCAACUGCGAUACACCUUGCACGAUCAAACAAGAGAACGUGACCGAAUACGGUUGUUCGAGCUCGGAAUGCGUACCAUCGCCCGCAGCCUCUUCCAAGAGCGACACCUCCCCUACGAAGGAGAUCAAGAGCGAGCCCGACCAAAGAUCGCAAGAAUGCAACGAUUACAUGUUCCGCGGCGACGGUGGACCCGCGAAAGUGUCGCCAGGCGUCGGUUCCUGGUGCUGUAGACGCGGUGGAACCGAGCAACCCACGCCCGAACAUCUGCGCGAGGGUUGCUGUCAGGGUUUACAAACGCGAGACGAGAUACUCGCCGACGCCGCGGAGAAGACAGAGUCCGUGAAGAACGAGAGUCCACAGAGUCCGCGUAGCACGUCUACCACGACAACGACAACAAAGUUACAAGAUCACUUGGACAAACUGAAGAACAAUGUGAGGAGCGAAGUGCCGGACUGCAACUGCUUCCCAGCCGACAAAUGUCCGCCAGAGCCCGGCUCGUACUACACUCAUCUCGGGGCGGCUGCAAGCUUGCCUGACCUACGGAACGAUCUUGAACGAAGAACCGGCCUUAAGGGAAACGCCAUUAGAUUGGAAAAGGUGAUCUACACUGGAAAGGAGGGGAAAACAACACAGGGAUGUCCGAUGGCCAAGUGGAUAAUACGGCGAUCUGGUCUGGAGGAGAAGAUCCUGACCAUAGUGAAACAUCGACAAGGGCACAAAUGCCCGACAGCCUGGAUCGUGGUAGCAAUGGUCGCGUGGGAAGGAGUGCCGACACACGAAGCUGAUAGGAUCUACUCUCUAUUGAGUCACAAAUUGAAUCGUUUUGGUCUACCAACAACCAGACGGUGCGGCACGAACGAGCCGAGAACAUGUGCCUGCCAAGGCCUCGAUCCCGACACUUGCGGUGCAAGCUUUUCCUUUGGAUGUUCCUGGUCCAUGUAUUAUAAUGGUUGCAAAUACGCCAGAAGCAAAACCGUCCGUAAAUUUCGAUUAUCAGUUCGAUCAGAGGAGCAAGAAGUCGAAGAAAGAAUGCACGUCCUAGCAACACUGUUGUCGCCUCUGUACCUUAGCCUUGCACCGGAAGCAUUCAACAACCAGACACAGUUCGAGCGGGAAGCGAGCGAGUGCCGUCUGGGAUUCAAGCCUGGCCGACCAUUCUCAGGUGUUACAGCCUGCAUCGAUUUUUGCGCGCAUUCCCAUCGCGAUCUUCACAACAUGAACAACGGAUGCACAGUGGUGGUCACCAUGACGAAACAUAGGACUCUAUCUAAACCUGAAGACGAACAGCUGCACGUACUUCCCCUGUACAUCAUGGACACCACGGAUGAGUAUGGUUCAAAGGAGGGACAGGACGAGAAGGUUCGCGCUGGAGCUGUAGAAGUUCUGUCAAAAUAUCCCUGUGAAGUGAGAGUUCGAUCGGUUCCGCUCCAGCCCUGCAGAAGACACGGGAAAAAGAGGAAAGAAGACGAACCAGACACGUUGAGUAACAAAAAAGAUGGUUCCAAGAACGCGAAUGAGAAGAUGACGGAGCCAAGUCGCGUGCCAGGACACCAAGAUCUAGCAAGACCUCAAAUGAGGGACUCCCAACUGUCCCUAGAAAUGGCAUCCAUGUUUGAGGGGAUGGACGCGCAAUUACAGAGCUCUCAGGUGUCCUCUACUGUCUUAGAUAGUCCAGUGUCCAUGUAUCAGGGUUGGGGUUACCAGAACGAACAGCAAUGGGGCAGGAAUGGUUGGCUCGAUCAGCGGAAAAACAACUGGCUGAACCCUUGGAGGGAGUACUCGUUCGGUGGUCUGGACAGGGACGCUAAAGUUGAUCCGGAUAGUACAAGUUUAGACGAUAUCAGGCCUAGAAGCACCGUUUCUCAGGAAGAACACAGACCCGGUUCCAGAAAUUUGCCCAAUUCAACGAUGGAUUCACCAAGGAGCUGUUAUCCACAUUCGCCAAGAGCUCAUCCUAUUUCACCAAGAAGCUCUCACACGGGAACUCCUGGUGAUGUAGCGUACGCUUUGUCUCCGAGAGGCUGCCCACAGACACCUCAAGAUCAGAAAAUCGCUUCACCUAGAAGCUCAGGGUAUCCAGACACUGGAUACAGUCAUCCACUUCCAACUUCCAGAAACUAUCCGAACAUGUACGACACCAGGCAAGGUAAUAUGUCCCCAAAGACAACCUGCACCAAUUUUCCAACCCAUCUGGACCAGAGAAGCGCUCUGAAUCGAUCGAACUAUCAUCAUCAUCAGCCCCACAACGCCAAUAACCUUCGAAACGUCGGCCAAAGCUGCGACCAGUCGAAAUUGUCGUUCUCGAAGCCUGCGCAAGAUUCUAGUCAGCAAAAGUACCCUAGCACACAGAACUACUUAGAGGCUCAGAAGUCGCAGAUCGAGCAGCCGUUCGUGAACAGGAUACAAGGCCACUAUCAUCCCCCUCAUCAAACAGGUAGAAAUAUCCCUUACCAGGGUCAGCACGACUCUAACCCGGACAUGUUCUCUGGCCUGUCGGUAUCCUCUUGCAUGGACAACGCUAGUCACAAGACAUUCGGUGCCACGAAUCCAGAAUUACUGCUUCACAGCUCGUCGCAUCUUCCUCCAGGUAAUCCACCUAACGGUGCUCAGAGUUUGGGACCGAUGGAUCAGAGAAAGUAUCGAAUGCACAAGGUCCCUGAACAAAAGACUCCAGGUAUCAAUCAGAUGUCCCCAGCGCCUUCAGAUCAAGUGGGAGGCUGGAACAUGCUCGGUUCUUGGUAUCCCGAACAGAACAAGCCAUACGAUCAGCAGCAAGCGUACAACAAUCAAAUUGGUCCAGAAAGGAACCAUCAACAACCUAUGGACCAUCAGAAACACUACAGUUGGAACGAAAGGAUACCACAUCCGGAUCAAUCGAAACCACCCUGCUGGGAGACACCGUCGUCGGACCCUUCUCCGUUCAGGGUACCGAAGGGCAGACCACCGUCGAGAACAGCAUCGAGCCAAAAUCCAAACACAGACAAUACAUAUCAAAAUUCUUCCAAUAGGACGUUCCUCAAGCCUCAGGAACCAGUACGGAGCGGCGUAUACGCGGACAGUCCGAGUAACAUCUCACUACAGAACACUGUAACGACUCACCCGGGCAACCAACGAAGACCAGAUUGGCCAGAUGAAAAGACCAAGGAGGGAUUCCACGAUUCCAGGCAGAACGUAGCGAAUCCAAACUCUAAUUGCUUCCCGUGGGCGGAGGAGAUGAAGCAAGUGCAAGACUUCCAUCCAACUAUGCCAGGCUUGGGUCAUCCUCACGCUUCCUUCCCACAAUAUGGACUGUAUCCAACCUACCCAGUCUUCGACAAACCGUACUCUAAUUCCUGGGAAGGAUACAACUACCAUCAACCCUAUCCUCAUCCUCAAACACCAGAAUAUCCGCCACAAUUCUAUCAGCAACCAAAGAGAGAAGCCUGCUUCCCUUCGCCCCAAUACCCCUAUCAAGGAGUGCCCCCCUAUCAGGGCCUGAACCCAGGCUGGGCCAGGUGGGACACUCCUAGAUGGGACAUCUAUGGGCCACCUCCGUACUUUCCAGUGCUACCAGAACCACCGCCAAAGGCAGAACCUCUAGGAGAAGUAGCCGACUACUCUGACAACGAAGAGUGCUUCAAGGAUUCGCAAAUGGGAGGUGUAGCCAUAGCUCUGAGCCACGGCAGUGUGCUAUUCGAAUGUGCCAAGCACGAAAUGCACGCUACCACGGCUCUGAAGAAGCCUAAUCGUCUCAAUCCAACGAGGAUAAGCUUGGUGUUCUAUCAACAUCGUAACUUGAACAGACCGAGACACGGUUGGGACGAAUGGGAGGAGAAAAUGCGUCUCAGGAAGCUAGGUGUCGCGGCUGCCAGUACCACGACAACCAGUUCGUCAACCACGUCACAACCACUAUCCACUCCAUCGACACCAACCAGUCCUGCCAGCGUGACUACUAGCGAAAAACCAACGCCUCUCCCUCAUAUACCCAGCGUGCCUAGCUCUCAGUUUAUGAUGAGAUCGCCUACCUACACUACGAUGACCUGGACCACUCUAUUCCCCAUGCAUCCGUGUAUGAUAACUGGUCCGUACCAAGAGGGAGGAGCCAUUGGAUGAGUAAUCGUCGGGGGUUACGGUUCCAGCCAUCGAUGACCAAGAACCGUGCCAGGUGUCGAUCGAGCGAUCUCGUCGGUCUGAUCGCAACAAAUGGGAUCGAAUAUAGACGCACGUGUGAACAACUGGUUCAACGUGUUUUCCCGAUCAGAUUCGACUAAUGGAGAAAAAAGUGGAAUCUCGCGGGGACAAGUGGAGGAAGAGACACGCCGAGGUCAACGUCGAGAAAGGGAUCAAAAGCGAUAAAAAAAAAAACAAACAAGAUAUCUAUAUCGUACUUCUACUAUCAUCGUCGUCCUAGAUUCAACUGACGGCUAAAAGCCGAAAGGGGGAAGAGAAGAAAAAGAAGAAGAAGAAGAAGAAGAAGAAGAAGAAGAAGAAGAAGAAGAAGAAAAAGAAGAAGAAAAGAAGAAAACAACACACGUUUGCACUGCCAUUUUUCUAUUACAACGUUUUAUCGGGGGAAAAAGAAAAACUACAGUAACGUAAAACAAAAGACAAGGGCCGGGGGGAAAAGGAGAAGAUAGGGGACAGGAAGAGGAGAAGUACAGAGGAUGGAGAGACAGGUUCGAGAAGCGCGGAGAUGAUACACGUCGCGGGAUUCAAUUCUAAUCGGGGCUUCCCUUUUUAUAUCGAUCUUUUUUACACGAAUCACACACACGGUAGGAUGGAUAUCGAGGAGAGAUCUCUCAUCCCUGGAAUAGAGAAACUGUUCGAGGCAGCUGUACGGCAAGAGAGAGACAUGUGUCGCGCGCUACAAAAAAAGAAAAAAAACACUGAGGAUCGCGAGUCGAGGCUGAUUUUUCACGGUAAACCUGGAUUAAAACAACAACAACACCACCAUCA